GCUCGCCAACAUUCGCUCAAAGUUAAAAGGAGACAGGAUGGACGGCUAUCAGAAGAAGAAGUAUGUCAGUAAACUGAUCUUUAUCUUCCUCCUCGGCAACGACAUUGACUUUGGUCACCAGGAGGCAGUCAACCUCCUCUCUUCCGUCCACUUUUCAGAGAAACAGAUCGGCUAUCUGUUUGUGUCAGUCCUGAUAGGCUCCGCCCACGACCUGUCCCAGCUCAUCGUCCAGGCGAUCCGACACGAUAUUGAGUCUCGAAACCCCAUCUUCAACAUGCUGGCCAUGCAGUGCGUGGCUAACAUUGCCAGCAAGGACAUGGCAGAACUCAUAGGCAAAGAUAUCCCUCCUCUCCUCUCCUCCUCUGAGUCUACUCCAGGAGUAAAGCAGACAGCCUGUCUCUGCCUCCUCAAGCUGCUUCGAGUCAAUCCAAAGGCCAUCUCUAUUGAUCAGCACGCUCUACGAAUCGUCCAGCUACUCAACGACAGACACCUGGGAGUGGUGACGUCGGCGUGCUCUCUGCUGGAGGAGUUGGCUCACAUCAAUUCUAUGGGGUUUUCAGACUGCGUACCUGUGGCCGUCACUAGACUGUCGCGAAUUGUGACGUCCAGUCACGCUGAUCUCCAUGACUACACCUACUACUUCGUGGCAGCUCCCUGGCUCUCUGUCAAGAUCAUGAGACUUCUUCAGUGCUUCCCCAUACCCGACGAUGCCAUAGUCCGGUCACGACUGAGCGAAGCACUGGACGCAAUUCUAAAUAGAGCCCAGGAGCCUGGCAAGAGCAAGAAGAUACAGCAUUCCAACGCCAAGAAUGCCGUACUGUUUGAGGCCGUGAAUCUCAUUAUCCACUUCGAGGGGGACCCUAGUCUUCAAGUGAGGGCCUGCAAUCUCCUCGGAACGUACCUCACCAACAAGGAAACUAACAUGAGGUAUUUGUCACUGGAGAGCAUGAGCAAACUUGCAACGUCGAUGACCACUCGAGAUGCAGUCAGGAAACACCAGGAUACCGUCCUCAAGGCUCUUCAGAGUGAGAGAGAUGUCAGUGUGAGGAUGAGGGCCAUCGACCUCCUGUACGCCAUGUGCGACCAUACCAACGCAAAGACCAUCGUUGAAGAGCUGAUGAGCUACCUUCAGAAGGCCGACUACGGCAUAAGAGAAACUCUGGUGUUGAAAAUAGCCAUUUUGGCGGAGAAGUUUGCUCUGGACUACGCCUGGUAUGUCGACAUCAUCCUCAACCUCAUCAGAUAUGCCGGAGACUACGUCAGUGAGGAGGUGUGGUACAGAGUAAUCCAGAUUGUCAUCAACAGACAGGAGGUCCAGGGGUACGCAGCCAAGACAUGCUUCGAGGCACUACAGGCCCCGGCGUGCCACGAGAACAUGAUAAAGGUCGGAGGUUACAUCAUGGGGGAGUUUGGUAACCUCAUAGCAGGGGACCCACAGUCCGGACCGAUGGUCCAGUUCCAGUUACUCCAUUCCAAGUUCCACCUGUGCUCUGCGACCACGCGGGCCCUGCUUCUCUCAGUCUACAUCAAGUUUGUCAACCUCUUUCCCGAGAUCAAACCUCACAUCCAACAGGUCCUGCAGUCAGACCACCAGGCCAGGAACCCCGACCAGGAGCUGCAGCAGAGAUCAAUCGAGUACCUCAAACUCUCAAACAUCGCGUCCACCGACACGCUAGCCACCGUGCUCGAGGAAAUGCCGCCGUUCCCUGAGAAGGAGUCGUCUCUCCUCUCCAAACUGUACCAGACGGCCCCCUGGACUGCCAAACUCCACCUGGACAAAGCCGCAGCUCCUGCUAAACCAGUGGAGCUGACAGUAUCAGGGACAGUGACACCAUCUGUGGCUAACGGCCCGUCGCCACAGAAACCACAAACCACACCCACAACCAGUCUAAUAGACACGACGCCAGCUCCAGUAGCUGCGGCCCAGCCUCCUCCUCCUCCAACUGACCCCAAUACUGCCAGUCUCCUGGUAGAUGUGUUUGCCACGCCCUCUUUGCAGCCGGCGCCACACCCACUCAGCCUUUCCUCACUUCUCUAGUGGGUGGCCUCAGUCCUGGAGCUGAUGAUGGUUAUAUGAGAUUCAUCACUAAAAACAAUGGAGUUCUGUUCGAAGACGACAUUCUACAGAUCGGAAUCAAAUCGGAGUUCAAGAAAAAUCUCGGUCGUCUGGGACUGUUCUAUGGUAACAAGUCGACCAUCUCUCUAAACCACGUGACCGUCACUACCAGUGGAGGCCCUGCUUCAGACAGUAUCCCUCUUACAUCGUA